AUGGAUAAGAAUGAAGAAGGGAUGGAGUUCGAAGCUGAGGCCGUGAGUACUUCGAGUAUGCCUCGGCUGGCACGGCUGGCGGCCAUCGCAUUUGCCGAUUUGAUUGUUGAGGGUACCUCAGCAUUUAUCUCACUAACAGCACCGAAACAUAAUUUGCAGAACGAAUUCCUGUGAUCAGCUGUCCCAUUCCAGCCCUCUAUAGCAAUGAGAUAGUAGAGAUUCUGCGUGAGCGCGGCCAGCUCACUGGGAAAGUUCUCCAUCUCUUGACGCCACAAAGAUUUCAAAUCACCAAGGUAUCUUUUCGAAGUUUCCCAUUUUCAGUGAUAUCGGUUCAGAUCGACCUCAGCGGGUGUGGAUCUAAAUUCGUGCAGUCCGAUUUGACGUUUCUCCACGGACAUACCCUCAGCUCUUUCUGCUUGGGCGACAUUGAUUACAAAGCUAGUGCGUUCUAAUUUUGUUUUUCAAAUUUUUAGUUGUGAUAUUAACCUUGAUGAUUUUUGCUCUUCGUGCUUCCCCACGGUGAUAUCUUUCAGACACAAACAAAAUACAAUUGGGAGAAGUUCUUUCGCGUUUCUGCAACAAAAAAACGAGGGCCGCUCUGAGACACAUUGAUCUCAGCGGAAGGAAUCGCAUCACUUCCAAUUGGCCGAACUACGUUAGUUUCAAGAUUUUAUAUAUCAAUCAAAUAUACCGAUUCCUAUCAAACUUAGACUCUGAAGCUCUCACUUCAAUGAGUUUGAAGAAAAUAUCAAGUUGAGAGUCAACUUGAGGGAUUAUAUGUUUUUGCAAAUGAACUUGAAUUAAAUUGUUUUUAUGCGUCCGGAUAUUGUUUAUCAUUAUUGGAAAUCAGGAACGCUUUUCAUAUACCUUUUUUGCGGGUGUUGUGAUCCAUCUUCAAAACAGUUCUUCUCUCAAUGAAAUAAUUGAUUAGUGUGACUGACUUUCUAUUUUAUAUGGAUAACUUGAAGUUUAUUUGGUCCGAAUUAAUCAUGUUUUUAUUUUUUGAAGAAAUUGUUUUUAAAGAGAAAGUAGACAUUCCAAUAAAGGAAGUUUUUUGAAGACGUUUUUUCACUUUCAAAUUCCACGAAGUUUUGAUUUUCCAGCAUAAACAAAAGAAUUCAAAUUUUUUCUAUCCUCUCGAUCGUUUCGGCUCUCACUUGAGACGUCUCUUAAGAUCCAGAGAGCCUUUUCGUAAAUAUAUCCUUAUAUGUCUAUUUAUUUUCCUCAUGAAAACAAAGCCGGUGUUGAGAGUCGUUGCGUCACUCUGAGACUAAAAGAACUCCUUCCGUAAAAUCACCGAAUUAGGUUCAUCAUUUUGCAGUUGACAAAGUUCUCUUCGGUGGUGUCCUUGUCGAUCGCCAACCGAGUCACCUCCAGUCCGACUUUGGCCGUUUUGUCGUCCCUCACGCAGCUCAAAUUUCUCGAUAUUUCCAACACACACCUCACCGACAUAUCUUCACUCGGAAAUCUUGUGUUCGCUUUCCCCAUUCAUAUCAAAAACAACUUCUCCAUCGGUAUAGCCCUCUUUAAAAAACUUACUGAAGAAAAAUAGCGUAAGCAGAGGCAGAGUCACUAACGAAGCCUUUUUGCAAUCUCUAUGGAUUUAUUCAUGCAAACCUUCAGUGAGAACUCGGGUAAAUUAUUAAAAAAGGGUCUCUUGGCGAAAUUUUUUUCGUACAUGCGCGUUACUUCUUAAAUCAGGCAGGCAAACAAGUCUCGAAAAUACAAAUCAGCGUGAUAGAUAGAAAAUUUCGCUUGAAAAGAAAGACAAAGAUGAAGUAUAUAAAAAAAGGUUUUCAGAAACCUUGAGGUUCUUUUAAUGUACAACCUCGGUCUUCGAACUGGAAAAGUGAUAAAUACGUUGGCUCUUCUAACCAAACUUCGAGUUCUCGAUAUUUCCCGCAAGACCAACACGGAUUAUCACAUGGAGACGUGAGUUUCACCUCUGAACAGUUUCAGAAGGCGGCAGUUCCAGGAAUCAGGACGCGACGAUAGACCUGGCGCAGGCCUUCUACGAGGAGUCCUUCGCGGCCUUGGCGACGGAGAGCGGCUCGCCGUGGCCGGAGCUGAGGUCCCUCGAUUUGUCCGGGCUCAACUUGGGCCACAGAGGGACCGAGAGUGCCAUGAAUGUCGUCCAGAAAAUCAUCGACGCUCAUCCAAAACUUGAACAGAUUGCAUUGCUCGGUGAAUUUUUUAUACUUUCCUGACCAUACCUAAAAAAAAGUGCUUUGGAGAAUCAUAGAAAGAAAAGCGUUUGGUUAAGUACAAUUAGAUUUUCCUGUUCUUGAAUUUGAUAAAACGAUUUAUGAAUAUAUACAAAUGAUACUCAGUCUUUUCAUGCCAUCUCUCAAUUUGACAAUGACUAUUCCCUCUUAUGAAUGAUGUCAAAUUGAGAGAUGGCAUAAAAAGACUGAGGUGAAUGAAAUAAGAUAAAACCCGAUAUUUACAGCACCCCAAGAAGUGCAGUUACGGGGAUUAGUUAUACACGUGAAUAGAAAAGAUUGAGUAAAGAAAGUGAUUGAACUAUGCAAGUAGAGAUCGGUUUUAACGCUGUAAAAUUUGGAUUUUUUUUUGUUGUUUUUUUCAUUUUUGCGGAAUUGACGUCUUUUUUUUCAGCGACGCCAGUCGAAGGACAACUCAUUAAAGUGCCAGGCCGAGAUUUCGAAGUGAUAAACGCAGCGUCGCGUGCCAAUAUUUUGGACGCUUUGGAUCAUUACACGAAAAGAGAUAGGUUGAGCCGCUUUUCGAUCCUCCGAUUCUGAUGUUCUGAUCGACAGGCCGGUUUUCGCGGCCCACGCUCUCCACUUCACGUAUUACAUCCUUCAGUCCAACUACGACGAGUUUUCGCAGGCUGAGUUGGGCAGGUGUCUGCGGCUGGUCGGUUGCAUCUUUUCGAUCUUUCCAACCCAGAUCGUUUUAGGUCUGCGUUGCCAUGAAAGAGUAUCUGAUGACUUUGCCUGUUCAAAUUGCCGGGAGCGCCUGUCUGUAUCACAUUUGCAAGUUAGAAUUUCUAUGUAAACCAUUGUUUCGUUAUUUUCUUUCAUGGUCAGUAUAACGAGAAGUCCUAUUCGUGUUUCAGAUGAUGAAAUCAUGAAUAUCUUAUCUUUUUUGAGCCGAAAUUCCCUGUAACUUUUGCAGAAUGAAACGGAUCCGUCGCCUGAGCAAAAGCGACGUCUGUAUGUGCAUUGAAAGGUCGCUCGACGCCGCCCAAACUCACCGCAAUAUGACUCAAGUUUGUUUACUUUUUUAUUGUUUUACCGACAAAUGAGCUCUAUCUCCCUUCUCCAGCGUGAAGUAUAUAUGGGAAGUUUUUUUGUCGAAGAAUUUAAUCGAAAAAUCCGUGAACUGCUUGUUUUCAGCUGCAGAAAAAUGUCUGGCUUACGAUUUGCAACGAUUAUUUGCUGCAUUUGUCUGGCGUCGACUUCUAUCGGACUUGCAAAGUUGCCCUGGACACGAUGCUUUUCAAUCGCGACGCCAGUGUAGAAAGGUUCCAAUUUUUUCUUUUCGCUCCACACAUUUUUAAUGUUUAAAUUUUUUUUUUCCAACUGGAAAUUAGAUCCAGCUCUUUUCAGUGGUAGACUUUUAUUCUGAUUUGCUGCGAACAUAUUAUCUAUUUUGAGGAUGGCGAUCGCUAUUGUUUCCAUCGUCACUCCGAAAAUGCGCACUCCUCAGACUCGCAAGUUGACUUCUGACGAUCGCUACGUCAAACAUCUCGUCAAGAUCAUGAAUGAUUAUUUGGGUGGGCCUUUUUGGUUUAUAAACUUGGAAUGGGGCCAGCUGUGUCUGGAAGCACGGAAAAAAAUUUCAGGGAAUCGAGUAUUAAUAAAAUAAGGCUCUUUGAAUUUCGGUGUGCAUUUCAAACUUACAUGGGAUAGUCUCGGUGGGACCUGAAAAAAGGGGAAAUGACUUGCCAAAAAAAAAACGAGAAAGGGGAGGGGGGUGGUUGGCAAGUCCGAUCUUAUAAAAAAAUCAAAAAAAUAAUUUUGUAAAGUUCAAUUGACUGGCAGAGGCGAUUUUUUUUUCAUAGUCAAAAGGGAUCAGGGAAAAAAAACGCCUUCCUUUUCGGAUUCAGCAACAUUGAAUUAGACAAAUUCGAUGCUGCUGAGUCCGAAAAGAACAACGAAAAUAAGAUACAAAGAAUUAAUAACUGCUUAUCAUUCAUGGUUCAAUUGCUUGGCAUCAAGGGGGGGGCUUGGUUGUCGCCAGUCAUGCUCAUCCCAUGAAAUUACAGAGAAAGAUUUUUGAGAUAAGGGUGUAGAAUCUUUACGGUGACGAUAGAGUCAGUAAAAUGGGUUAUUCGUCUCAUAAAGAUGUUGGAGAAGUUUUAAGAAGAUUCUUCUUCUUUCGAGCGAAAGAGGAAGCAUUUAGAGGUUCAAUAUUCAAACAGUUUUCGUUGUAGCGAAAUUCCAACAACAAACGCCCCGUGAUCACGACAACACGCUCUUCACGCUCAAGUUCACUCUCAGCGCUCUCUGGAACCUCACUGGUUGGUUUGGAAGUGAGAGAAAUAUUAAACAAAAACCGACUGAGGUAGUGGAAAGAUGAUUUAUUCUUUAGAAGUAUGACAAACAUAUUUCGGAAGUUCAGGAGAAGGUCCUUCAAUUUGCUAACGCUAUAAUCUUUUAUUUUGAAAGUAUGGCUAUGGAUAACUUCAAAAAAAUUUUUUUUGAGGAAGUAGAGACUUUAAUAAUAUUGAUCCAGAUCUUCGAAUAACGUUUGAAUAUUAAUUUUUCAGACGAUUAGAAUCCGAGAAUGGUCUUUUUGUAAGGUAUAACAAACAAAAUUAUGAUAAUCCUUUCAAACUCGAAAGUUCUAUAAAGAUAUCUUUACAUCAAACAAGAGGAAAAAGAAGAACAGAAAAAGGGUGCAAAUAAACAAUUGAUUCAAUCCGUGCUCAAACGGAAUAAGUAAAGUUUAUAUGAGUUUAUUCAAACGAACACUUUGAAGACGAAUGCUCGGCUACGUGCGCUGCUUUUCUGGAAGCCGGCGGCGUCCGCACGGCUUUUGAAAUCCUUAACGCGUUCAGCGACCACAGCAACGUUCAAACAAAAGUUCUUGGAAUUUUGGUGAUUUCUUUGAUUAUAGAAAUUAAGACUCGAUGCAAAUUUUGGUUUGAUAAGUGAUUUGAUUUCAGAACAACAUCGCGGAGAUCGAAGAUUUGAAACUAAACAUACUUUGCCAUAUGGGAUAUGUACAACAUCUGCUGUAAGUGGUGUUUUUUUUUCUCAGAAUUGGGUGAUUAUUUCCUCACAAAAAUAUCUCAGAGGAGAAUUUUUUAUUGUACUAUUAAGAGCUCAUUGUAAAGAUACACUUUUGAUUACUCGUUUUUUUCAACUCCCAAACGCCGUCGACGUUGUAUUGUCAGUUCAGUAUGAUUAAUAAUAGCAUUGAAAACGGUAGUUUUGGAGGAAAAACGUUCUUGUGGGUCAUUUCAACUUGGAAACCUUUUUUACUUUGAAGAAGCAGCUUGGACGGCGAUUUCGACCACACGGACAACCGUGGACGGUUCCGCCACGUGGAGAGAAGCUACUUCGCGGCCGGGGUUCUGGCCAACAUCCUUCUGAUUUCCGAAAAGGAAUGGAGUGGCAGCGUCAGUCGCGACGCCGUCAACGACGCCCUCAUCACCUCCGUCUCUCGUUGGCCAACUCUUUCCUUCGCCAUGGUCUCCUACCGGUUAGCAAUUUGAGUCAUUUCAACAGAAAAAACGAAUUCCAAAAAGGUGCCUUCCGACCGACAAAAGGUGCUUGAAACGGAAAUGUUCUGCUUUGAAAGUUUAAAUUUAAAUUUUUGUUUUUCUUGAUUGGAAAAAAAGUAUUGCGUUUUAAAAACAAACGUAUCGAGUGAACGAAGCGCGAGUCUACAACGUUGUCUAGUUGGAAACAAAAUUUAGUGACUUUUUUUUUUACAGGGCUGAAUUCCACAAUAUUUGUCCUUUCAUCGUCCAUUAGGAUAUGAUGAUUUUUAAAAAUAGUAAAAGACCGGAAAAGGAUAAAAAAAGUUAUAUGCGGAUCCAAAAAACUUUUGUUAUAACUCAGGUUUUCAGAUCAUUUGAACCAUUUGCAAGGAUCAUCACAAAGUCAAACUCGGAUGGCGCGAUUCUUUGGUGUCUUUGGGGAGUGAACCACGUGUUGGCCCAUCGCGAGACCAAUAGUCCAUCCCAUUGCGCCGUUGGCUACGGCGAGUUGCUGCGAACGAGCCCGCUGCUCGUCGAGUGUCGCAAAAUCGUGCGAGGAGCCGCAGACGCCGUCUCAAGACAUCGGAAGGUCGUCGAAUUCGCUGAGAGCGUCGUUGAGGUUGCCCAUAAAGAGGAGCAGGCUUCCACUGAACUCUCUUUCUCUGCUUUGUCCUGCACGUGA